UGAACACUUCGUUUGAGCUAGGCCUUUUCUCCAUUCUGUUUUCCUUAAACUGCUACACUGUAUUGGCACCUCUCUAAUGAACACUACGUCCCCUGCUCUAAGACAUAUCUCCCCAAGAUCCAAAGUGCGGCUUGCGCUGGGGCUGCUGGGAUCGAGCGCAGCCUGUACCGUAUGCUUGAAACUUCAGAACCAGACAUGUGUAGACCACUGCGCCGAUUUAGACUCUGCCGACCGCGAAUACUUUCAGCAGCCGGUCUUACAGACGAUGGCGAUGUUCCUUGGCGGAAUUUUGUGUCUGCUGACACCAGCUAUCCGUAGCCCAACUAAUCGUCGGCGGACCCAAAAGCAGCUUAUCAUGGAAGAAGCAGACCUGGAUGGAGCCAAUAUUGCGUCGGAGACUUCAUAUAUGCUGCAGGAUGCCGAAUCACCACCAGUGCAGAUUUCGCAACGCCCCAUGCAGGGUUUUGGCUACCUGCUGCUCUGGCUGCCAACGGCACUGGACAUUGUAAGCUCUACGAUGAUGCUGGUUCUCUUCUUUUACCUACCACCGUCGCUGAUCAACAUGCUGCAUGGUCUAACGGUCAUAUUUUCAGGGAUGCUGGCAGCAAAGUUCCUUGAUCGGCAUCUGUCGACCAGACAAUAUACCUCGCUGGCUAUCAUACUGCUGGGUGUGAGAAGACUCACUGUCAACAGUACGCCGACUACUGGCCGCUCAAGCACCAGGAUCGCUCUGGCUAGGGUUGCUCUUGCUGCGGUAGCACAGUUCCUCAAUGCAGCCCAGACGGUGGUCGAAGAAUCAAUCCUGAGUCGAUAUUCCAUCCGCCCCGCCAAGGUCGCUGGUAUCGAGGGCGUGUUUGGGUUCUGCACAAUGGCGGCGCUGCUUGUACCCCUAUACUACCUGGCUGGUGCCUGCCAGCACGGUGGGAUUCUAGAUACCCCGCUGGCCAUCGCUCAGCUGACGAGCUCUGUACGGUUAAGUGUAGCCAUGGCAGUGUGCAUCCUGGGGCAGGCGCUCAGCUACUACUACUCACUGUCUCUGGUCAAGCACCUGGGUGCGACGUCACGCAUCACCAUCGACCUAUGCAAGACAGUCAUGGUGUGGUCAAUUUCGUUGGGGCUGGGCUGGGAGACAUUCAGCUAUGUACGCGUACUGGGAUUCGCCGUCCUUGUGGCUGGCAAUCUCGCAUACAACGGAUAGAUAUGAUGCUUAUCUGCGAAUGGAAACCGAAGCGUAGUCCCCAGACUUGACCCAACCAGGGUACCUGAAGAGAUGUGCGUGGGAAGGGGACAAAUGCCGCAGGACGCACUGCGAAUCCCGAAGGAUGCGCAGGCCCACAGCCAGGAUGAGGCAGUUGGCCCAGUAGCCACUGGACCAGUAGCAGCAGGGGAGCAGUCACAGACACUUCUGGCCACGAUAAAAUUGCAAAAAAAAAUAAAAUAAAUGCAGAGCGAGC